AUGGCUGAAUAUCAACGUCCAGUUCAUCCUGGCCCGUCGUGCCAACACAAACUCACUAGCGUUUGUGACAUCCCGCAUCGUCCGUACUGGGCACAGAGUCAAGUUCAAUACGCACAAAAUCUUCUAGAGUGCUCGGGUGAACCGAUCGAGUACGACCACGACGAUCGAGAUUACUGGGACAACUGUUUCUUUUUCCCCGAGGACUGUUCUUGGUCUCCUCCCAAGGACUGGAUCGUUGAGCAGCACGACCCCAACUACGAUCUCACCCGCGACUACCCCUACGACACCAUGAUUCCCGGAUUACCGGACAUCAAGAUGCUGGAUGCGGAGGCCCUCAGCGACCUGCUGGAGGACAACCUCUCACCGCCGGAAAUCACCUCCAUUCUAGUAUUCGCGACCAACGGCGCCAUCUUCGCCUCCGCGUCGUCUCUCCCGCUGCGACAAUUACGCAACCUAAGCGCAACCUACGGCGCUGCCUACACCUGCUACGCCAAGAACGCGUCCAGCGGCAACCUAACGGGUGUCAACCCUGCCAGCCAUCCCUCGUCCUACGUGACCGCCCAGUCCGUGUCCCUAGGCGACGUAGGGUCCAUCGUCUUCGAGCUCGACGACUUAGUCGCCAUCGUCACGCGGGUCGCCGAUAAAGUCCUCCUGGCAGCCGUUGGACCCUCCAAGAUGAAGCCCGUAGGACCAACCCACGCCCUCAACGGCACCUCGAACGGAUUUCGACCCGGAACCACGGACGGACCCACCAGUUCCCAGUUCGUGCCCCCCAAUGGCACAUCCCUCCAUCAUCCGACAUCCACCAACGGCACCCCGGACAGCAUCUCCCGCAACGACGGCGAACCCCACCUCCAGAGCGACGCGCACCUCGAAACGCAAUAUGAAAUCGACCGCAGCAGCGACCUCGCGCGUCUCUCCAGUCUUAACCUCUCCGCGUCCCCAGCUAUUCUCCUCGCCCUGGAGUCCAAGUCUGCUGCGCUAGGGCGGUUCCUGAGCCAGAAACUCGAGGACCUCGAUAGUCCUGAAGAUUUUUGA